AAACUGUCGAUCAGCGUCGGAAUUUAUUUUAGAAUAAAUAAAUAAUUCAUGUAAAGUAUUUUAAAAAUGAAAUCUAUGAAAAUAAUAAAACGAAUAAGUGGAUCGUCUAUCCUUAGUUUUAAAAUUGGCACUGAAAGUACUAUAUUCAAACCACAAAUUCGACACAGUUACAGUGCUGCUGUGGGGUGUUUUAACGCUAAAAGUUUCUCUCCUUUAGCUAAAAAUGUACGAAACUUGGGUUUAGGACCUACCUCUAAGGAUUUUGAAGACCCACCCCAGCUCUCAGGACCACUAACAAAAGCGCACGCGACAGAACUGGUACUACAUUUAAAAGAGGAUGAGAGAAAAAUACUAUUCAACGCCCUACAAGAAUACGAAUCGAAUAGAAUUAAAGAAGAAUUCGAAGACAAGUUAGCUGGCCAGAGAUGGAGAACAAAGUUGGGGAGGCCCAGUAAGGUUCAAACUCUUGGGGAUGUGGAUCCUACAGGCACUUACUGCCCUGUUCCUGAGGAUUGGCUCAAGAAAAAAUAUGCUGCUACAGUGCCAAAACCAUCAACCAGGGAACUAUUGCAUUUAUCACUUGCAAAUUCAAUACCAUUCAUAGGGUUUGGAUUUCUGGAUAAUUUCAUCAUGAUAAUUGCUGGCGACCGCAUAGAGAGCAGCAUGAGCGCGUACAUAACGCUGUCGACGAUGGCGGCGGCGGCGCUGGGCAACACGUUCAGCGACGUGAUCGGCAUCGGCUCGUCGUACUACGUGGAGCGAGCCGCCGCGCUCGUCGGGCUCGGCGCGCCCGCGCUGUCGCCCGUGCAGCUCGACAUGCCCGUCAGCCGCCGCUUCGCCAACGUGGGUCGCGUUCUGGGCAUCACUCUUGGUUGUUUUCUGGGAAUGACUCCAUUACUCUUUAAGGACGACGAGAAAAAACCCGAAACUUAAAACAUAUCACUGUUCGCGACUAAAUAGUCUUAACGGAAAAUUUAUUCUUCUCACUGUGAUUAGAACCAAACUUGCACUGAAUUCCUAAUUAUAAGAAAUCCUAUUAUAGGACUUUAUAGUGCUAUAAAAUCUAUUUUAUUAGUACAGUAAUACAGUACAUAUUAUAACGUUCAAAUUCUUUUUUAGUUAAUUUUCAGAAUUUGCAAAGAUUAUCCAUAUUAAUAUUGCCAUUAAUAAAAAAAUAAACUUAUUCCUUUUAAAAUCCCUUUUUAAAUGAUGUUAAUGCCUUCUUGUUUUAUUGCCAUUAAUUAUUAAAAUCAUGGAAUUUAAUAAGUAGGUACUCAAUAUAGGUUAUUAAGUCAUUGUAUGUUAUGUAAUGUUCCUUUGCGACGCGAAAUAUAAAUGCUUCCGAUAAAUCGAAUUACUUUAUGUAUAGAUUUAAUAACAAUAUAUUUAUUAUUAAGAUUACUCAUAUGACAUUAUAUUAUAUAUUUUAUGUGGCUUUUCCUCUGUGCCUAUACAGUGUGUGUUAGUGUAUAUUCUUAUGACUUUGUUAAACAGAAAGCGUACUUAGCACUUAUUAGAGCACUAAACUGGCGUUAUGUUAACGCGUAAAAUACAUCGUCAUAGCGCGGCAUGUGGCGACAGUUUAGCGCUCUGACGCGCGUUACAAACGCGUUCUGUAUGACAAAGCCAUUACUGAUUCCAUAGUUGUGUGGCCUAAGCAAAUAUCCCAUUCCUAAUUAUAAUUUAAAAAAUAAUAUGGCUUUGGUAAUUUAAAUGUACGACAUUGAAUGCAUUUACUAAAUUACUAUAAUAUGUAGUACAUAUAGUAAAUGCAUUAUAUUAUGUACUUCCAAAGGCUUACUGUCCAAUGAGUGAGAUUGUUUACAAUUUAACUUAGACGAUGUUACUGUUACUAUAUUGUGUAUUAUGUACAAGGCAGUUAAAAAGUCUAAUAAACAGCACUUGCCAUUUCUCUCUAAAUUUUAGACUACAGAAUUUAAAAUCAAUUUGAUAUCGUAAUUGUACUUAGGUACGUAGCGACUAGUCAGGGUUCUACAAAUUAUAACACUAUUUAUAGAAUGAAGCAAUAUGUAGUGAAGUAUGCUCUACUGCCGCUUAAUUAUCUGUGUGUAAAUACUAAUUUUAUUUAAUAAUCGUGUAUUGACUGUAAUUAUACGUUACAAUUACAAAUUUUAUUAUUUAGAAUACAAAUUUAUUAAAUGUUGUAAAUAUUAAA